AUGUUGGAGCUGGACUCCUUCAUUCUCUUUGACAAUGGCAAGAAGCAGCCUGGUGGGCCUGCCAAUGUACCGAGCAUCAUGGUGUGCAUGUUCGUCACCAUUUCAUCAAAGUCCUCAUCUAAAUCCCCUGUAAGAGAACACAUCUACGACCUUGCCCUCUGUCCCCAAGCAGAUGCAGGUCACUGUUUAGAGCAACAGCUGGCCUUUCAAAGUAGCUGCUACGAGAUUGUUCAGCUGCAGCGUAGCUUUCAGGGUGCCCAGAGAUGGUGUGAGCGGGGUGGGGGACACCUUGCUUUCAUCCUGAAUGAGGAAACUCAAGAGUUUAUACAGGAGAACCUGGAAGCAGAAAAGGAUUGGUGGAUCGGUCUCGCUCCGUGGAAACAGAACCUAACCCAGGACGAAGUGACCACAGAUGCAGUCCUGGCCUGGCUGGAUGGUACCAAUGUCACAUACAAUAACUGGUCCCCAGAACAUCUGUCCUCUCCAUCAGUGACUUGUUCUUACAUUCUCAAGAACUCUGGAUACCACUGGAUGAGUGCAAACGACUGCAACCAAGAAUUUUAUUUCAUUUGUGAAUUUGAGUCUGACCGAGCAUUUGCCUGUGAUCACUUUAAUGCCACGCUACAGUGUCAGUCUGGGAAGGUGAUUGAAAUCAAUAGCAGUUUUUACGGCCGUAAAUCUCUCUCCUACUGUCCCUUGGAGAUUCUAGCUCCAACUGAGUCACAAGAAUGCAGCUGGAUUGAUGUGAGAGAGAAAGUAGCAGGUCAGUGCCACGGGCUACAGGCUUGCCAAGCUACUGCCGAUAAGGAAUCCUUUGGAGAUCUUUGUCCAAGACUAGGCAAUUACCUUGUCAUAGACUAUCAUUGCAAAGAAGGUCUCCGUUUGCUGGUUGAUGACGUGUACUCAAUCCUAGAAAAUGUCACAAUCUCCCCAAAGUGGUUGCUCCAUCCAUAUUCUGGAAACCUCACCUGUAUACUUAACACUGGCGAUGGCUUUGUGAUUGAUCCCUAUAAUCCACUGCCUUCUAGCAAUGUGACACACAGAUACAGGACCCCAGGACUCUUCACUAUCAAUGUUGAAUGUACAACUAGCGAAUGGCAUGUGACAGCCCAGGAAACUGUGUCCAUCCAACAGCCAAUCAGUGGUUUUGGAAUAAUCAAAUGUUGCAAUGUUAAUCAAUCAGAAGACAUUAAUAACUGCACAGUUCUGUAUGAGGACCCGUUGUGGAUUCAGCUUGAAGUUGAAGAAGGUACAAAUGUGACCUAUGUCAUAUUAGCUGGAGCUGUCACCCUUCACACAUUCACUGUGUUCAGCGGAAUUAUUCCUCAGAAUGCCAUGGUGGAAAGUGCUGCCCAGCAUCAGAUAGGUCCAGGCAUACAUCAGCUAACCAUUCUUGCCAAGAAUAAUGUGACAACUCAAGAAGUAGCUCAAAAUAUUACAGUUGAAUUGGUGGAGCCAAUCAAGGGUUUGGAGGCUUCAGUAAACUCAGCUGUUCUGGAGGUGGGAAAUGAUCUCACUAUGAACAUCUCAGUCACCUCUGGUGCCCCAAUUGAGCUACAGUUUGAAUUUAUUGGUCCUAAUGAGACAUUUUCUGAAGCCAUUGAAAAUCCUGAUGGAAAACUGGGGACUUACAGCAUUCCAAUGAAUUCUGAAGGUACUUUUCUGGUUAGAGGGAAAGCUGUCAAUGCCUUUUCUUGUAUUAGUUUUAAUAUUGGAAAUAUCAGUGUUGUGGCAAAUACCUCAGUUCUAACACACCAUGAUAUGGAUCCUGGAGUACAGUCACUCCUGAAAAGGGAACCAGGUGAAAGACGACAACUAGAAAAACUUCAAGCUAAAAUUAAUGGUGGCCAACUGGAGGUGGCAAAUCCUUUUUCCCAGCUUGUUUUGAGCGGAAGAAAAUCAAAGAAUCGUGACACAGAUGAUCAGAGUGAAAUGGCUUUCCAGUGGUCAUGUGGUGUAUGCUGGCCAUUGUGGGACAUCUGUGUGCAGAACAACAAAAUUGAUACAGUUCAUCAGGAUCUGACUAUCCAUCCUUCCUGCCUACCUCCACCUAAUUCUUUCAUCUCAAUCAGACUAACUGUAAGUAAACCUGGCACAAUGAACAGUACAGCAGAGAAAUGUCUGAUCUUCACCAAGAGGAGCAAAAAGGGCAUGAAUAUCAGAUGUGAGAACAACUGCGAUUCAGUUGAUCCCUUAGAAAAUGUUACAUUGACUGUCGAUUGUCAAGAUUGCAAGAAUCCAGUCAAGUAUAAAUGGUAUAGAUUGAAUCCUUCAAAACAACAGAUUAAUCUGCCUUCUGCUUGUAAUAUCAAACAGCAAAACAUUGCUCAGGAAUCAUUGACAUUAAUGAAGGAAAACACAAGUGUGUUGGUCUUGGGAAAUGAGGAACUGGUUAAAUUUGCUCCAGUUUUCAAAGUGAGGGCAGUAGGGAUAAGUGACAAUGGUGAUUAUAAAUACAAAGAUUACAUUGUUAGCCUGAUGCCUCCUCUACCAGUGCCAUCCUGCAAUGUUUUUCCCAGAGAAGGAUCAACAGCCUCAACAAAAUUCAGCAUCAAAUGCACCAUCACCUGCAGCUCUAACUCAUCCUGCAGUUCUUCAGGCCUUACAUACUGUUUCUUUGUAAAACCAGAUAUUCCUUUACACUGUGGAUCAGAGCCGAUGUUGCCACCUACUUACCUACCACUGGGAGACUCAAAGAAUGAUAACCAGUUGAAUAUCACAGUCACUGUCAGAAACAGUGUGGGCUCCUUUACCAGUAUUCUUGUUACGGUGAUGGUUCAUGAGUUCUCAAACAGUGGUAAUGACAAGGAUCUAGCAACACUCUUAUUAGAAAAUUUAGAGGAUAUAUCAGGUGCAACAACCAACAAUUCCUUACUAAUCCAACUAUUUGAGUCUGUCUCUUCUGUACUGAAUCAAGAGGCCAGGGCAGGAGCUAUGGGCAAACUGGCCCCAGAAGACAAAAAACAGUUGAGGGAAACAAUGCUUUCAAACUUGUCUGUUGUGGAUGUCUCAUCACUGCACAAGGCUGUUGAAGUUUCAGAAGUUUUAAAACAGCUAACCCACAGGCCUGACGAACUCACCUCUACAUCACAGUUGGAAGCUAGUUCAACCCUUCUGAAUAUGGGUAAAUCAUUGCUGACUCUCAGUGCUGUGGAUGAUGAAGACCCUGAGAAACGAACCAUUGCAGCCAAUAUCCUCUUUAAUGUGGUUAACAAUGUUCUGGAAGCUUCAGUGGAAAAUGAUGCACAGGACAAUUUGACUACAGACACGCAAAGAGUGAUCUCAGAGAAAUUAUUGGACACAAUAGACCAUUUGCAGUCUGUGGUGCUAAAUGAAGCAAUAGCAGAUGAAGAACCUGUUCUGAUGACAAUGCCCUCAGUGAGCAUGUAUCUACAGAGGGUACCAGCAGACAGCACAGAAGGAAAUUCCAUCAUUCUGGCUGAUUCCACUGUGACGAGCUUCACCCUUCCAGCAUUCCCAUCUCUGCAUGUUCAAGAUGACAUGGACACAGUUGAUGUGCGGGUGGUGAGUUUUUCGGUAAAUCCUUUCAUGUGGACAAGGAAGAAUGAAAUCUCAGGAGCUGUGAGUGGUCUGACACUGACAUCAGUAAAUGGCACAAUUCAUUCUGUCCAGAAUCUGACAGAGGACAUAGAGAUAAUACUUCCUAGAUCUAAUGUGAUGCAUGAGAAUUGGACUGAAUUCAAGCUGGUAACCAAUCUUACCACCAUUCAAGUGAAUGUAACCUCAGACAGCGGCACUCUGCUGAUUCAUCUGGAGCCUGAGCAAAGCAUUCCCCUGCUCCUGUACUUUAACUAUGAAGCUGAACCCAAUGAGACCAGCUUUCUAGUAACCACACAACUACCUAAUGUUAAGUGCACUGGAGCUGCAAAAUAUACCUGGCUUAUCUCGCCCACUGAGCUGAUGUAUGGAGUAGGAACAUAUUAUUUAUCUGUGAAGCCUGCCCCAGAUCUAAACUCUUCACAACUGGCUAACAUUACUGUAGCUGUCACUUCCUUUAUAUCCCAGUGUGUAUACUGGGAUGAAGUUAACAGCAACUGGAGCUCAUCUGGUUGUCGUGUGGGCCCUUUAACAACCACCAACAGUACUCAGUGCCUGUGCAACCACCUCACCUUCUUCAGCAGCUCCUUCUUUGUCAUGCCCAAUGUAGUAGAUGUCAGUAAGACAGCAGAACUGUUUGCCACAUUUGUGGAUAACCCAGUGGUUGUUACGACUGUUGCCUGUAUUUUUGGGCUCUAUAUUCUUGCUGUCGUUUGGGCGAGAAAAAAAGACAAGCAAGAUAUGACCAAGGUGAAGAUAACAUUACUUGCUGAUAAUGACUCAUUUGCCCAGUACCGCUAUCUGGUGACAGUUUUUACUGGACAUCGCAGAGGAGCAGCUACCACAUCUAAGGUGACUAUUACAUUGUAUGGCUCAGAGGGAGAGAGUGACCCACAUUUCCUUACGGAUCUUGAGAAACCUAUCUUUGAGAGAGGAGGGGUUGAUGGAUAUCUCCUAACAACUCUUUUCCCACUUGGGGAUCUCCAGAGCAUCCGGCUGUGGCAUGACAACUCAGGGUCCAGCCCAUCCUGGUACGUGAAUCGUGUAACAGUGCUCGACUUAGAAACAUAUCAGCGAUGGUGUUUCCUGUGUAACUCCUGGUUAGCGGUUGAUGUAGGAGACUGUCUUUUGGACAAAGCCUUUCCAGUGGCAACUGAGAUGGACCUAAAACGUUUUAGUAACCUGUUCUUCAUGAAGACCGCCAAGGAUUUCCGAGAUGGACAUAUUUGGUAUUCAGUGCUAAACCGCCCACCGAGGAGUCCCUUCACAAGGGUACAGCGUGUGUCGUGCUGCUUUUCCUUACUCCUCUGCACAAUGCUGACCAGUAUUAUAUUCUGGGGAGUACCAAAGGAUCCUGCCCAGCAAAAAAUGGAUCUGGGUAAGAUUGAAUUUACCUGGCAGCAAGUGGUGAUUGGUUUUGAGAGCUCACUGCUGAUGUUCCCCAUCAAUCUUCUCAUCGUGCAGAUUUUCAGAAACAUCCGACCAAGAUCGAGGGGAAGACAGAUGGAAAAGAAGCAGAACAAACAUGGCCGCAUAUCACCUUCUUUGCCAGAUUCUUCCCAAAGUCUACAAACUUGCUCCCUCACACCUGAAGCAAUUAUAAAGGACAUCCAGAGGAUUGCUAACUCACUCAAUAAAACACUGAAGAACCCACUACCAACACUGGAUAAGGAUUUUAAAAAAACAACAGAUAUCAACAAACUUUUGGCAUUAGUUGAAAAUAUAAUCCGGGAGCAAAAUAAGGUCAACCAUGAGUUUUACAAUGAGAGUCAUAAGAAGGAAGAUCCUCUCAUUCUCAGCCUUGGAUCAGUUGACUUACAAGAACACACCACGGGCUCUGAUUCUGAGAAGGUUGUAAUCGAUAAACAGAGGCGCAGUGAUUAUAAUCGCUAUCUGUACCUGCAGCUCCAGCAUGUGGAGAAUGAACUGGACUUUCUGGGUUCCAGCAAAUUCCAGAAUCCACAGAGCUACACUCGAGCUGUCUGCCAGGUGCAACACAUGAAGGACCUUCUGGAAAAUGCUAUCCUCUGCUCCAGUUCUGUUUCGGAAAGGCUUUCACCUACUCCUAGUCUUUCUGGAGACAGUAAAAAGGGACAUUGCUCUAAAGGAUUACCCUGGUGGUUUGUCUUCAUUGGUUGGGCUUUGGUUGCCGCCACCAGUGGUGUAUCUGCCUUCUUUACCAUGCUCUACGGAUUACACUAUGGGAAAGACAGUUCUAUCAAAUGGCUGAUUUCCAUGGCAAUCUCUUUCUUUGAAAGCGUUCUGAUUACACAACCUUUAAAGGUGUUGGGUUUUGCUGCUUUCUUUGCACUGGUUUUGAAGAAAGUAGAACAGGAAGAUGAUGGGGAAGGUCCAAUUGACAGCCCGUUAUCUACUUCAGGAGACCCCAGUGCUCUGUUAGCAACUCGUAGGGACAGUAGCAGCAAUAUCUACCAGCCGCCACCUCGAAUCGAAGUCGAGCACAUGAAGAAAAAUUCCAUCAAAGAGCAGAAAGUAUUUGGCUUGAUCAGGGAAAUACUUGCGUAUUUGGGAUUUCUGUGGAUGUUGCUGCUGGUUGCUUAUGGUCAACGUGAUCCAAAUUCCUAUUAUCUAAAUAAAGCCAUUGAAAAUAGCUUCACCAGUGGUUUCAAUAACAUCAUGGAUUACAAUGAUUUCUUCAAAUGGGCAAACAGUACGCUUAUCACAAACUUAUUUGGCUUCUAUCCAGGCUUCGUCACCGACGGCAACUCUAAACUGAUUGGUUCUGCUCGCAUUCGCCAACUGAGAGUAAAGAACAAUAUUUGUCAUAUACCAACAAAACUGAUGAGUUCUAUUAAAGAAUGCCAUGCUCAGUAUUCCUUGGAUAGUGAAGACCUCUCUGACUACAGUGUCCAAUGGAAUGCGACAGCAUUUCAGAAUUCCUCAGAUCUGGAUUAUGUCUGGCAAUACUGGAGCCAAACUGAGUUGCGUAGUUAUCCCAUUUGGGGCAAACUUGCCAUGUACAGAGGAGGUGGCUACAUUGCAGAGUUGGGUACAGAUACACAGGAUGCUUACAGAAUCCUUCAAUAUCUAUUUGACAACACUUGGCUGGACACCUACACUAGAGCCAUUUUUGUGGAAUUCACUGUCUAUAAUGCAAAUGUGAAUCUUUUCUGUCUUGCCACACUAAUGUUAGAAAGUAAUGCUGUAGGGGCCUUCUUUACACAUGCUACUCUUCAAAGUAUCCGCCUCUAUCAGUACACAGAUGGACUGCACAUUUUUGUUGUUGCAGCUGAAGUGGCAUAUUUCCUCUUCCUCAUCUAUUACAUGGUGAUUCAGGGAAAACUAUUGAAGGAGCAGAAAUGGAAGUAUUUCAAAAGCAAAUGGAAUCUUUUGGAGACAGCCAUUAUAAUGAUUAGUUGGAGCACAUUUUCUGUUUUCAUAAAGAGAACCAUUCUGGGAAAGCGAGACGUUGAAUACUAUCACAAUCACAGAAAAGGAUUUGUGAGUUUCUAUGAGACUGCAAUGGCAGAUGCAAUCAUGGGUUAUCUGAUUGCUUUCCUGGUUCUCCUGGCAACCAUCAAACUUUGGCAUCUGCUGCGCCUUAACCCCAAGCUCAACAUGAUUACAUCAACCUUGAGAAGAGCAUGGGGUGACAUCUCAGGCUUUCUGACAGUCAUUUUAAUCAUGUUUCUGGCCUAUUCUAUUGCAACAAAUAUAAUGUUUGGCUGGAGUAUGUCCUCUUAUAAAACCAUAUUUGAUGCUGCAGAGACAAUGGUCAGUCUUCAAUUGGGGAUCUUCAACUAUGAAGAGGUUUUGGACUAUAACCCGGUUCUGGGUUCAUUUCUGAUUGGGUCCUGCAUCAUCUUUAUGACAUUUGUCGUCCUGAAUCUCUUCAUUUCUGUUAUACUUGUGGCAUUUAGUGAGGAGCAGAAGAAUUACAAGGCUUCUGAAGAAGAAGAAAUAGUUGACCUAAUGCUGACAAAAUUGUGCAGCUUCUUGGGAAUCAAAAAUAAGAAGGGUUCCUCUCAAUCAGGAGAGUAACUAAAACAAACGCCUUGAAUUGGUACCUAGCAGCUAAUAGCAGUUCACAUUCCACAGUGUGUAAUUUCUUUGAUAGUGAAUAAUUUAGUAGAUUGAUUUUGAGAUUAUC